AUGACUGCAAACUCCAAUAAGUCCAUUAUCCAUGGUGGCGAUUCACCCCCGUGCCGCAAGGACACCGACGCCGAAGAGAGAUUGCGUCUUGGAAGAGAACGACUUCGUCUAUUCUCGGGCGAUAGUGAAUACCCCAACCCGAUGCUGCCUCAUAUGAUGAAUACCUCCAAGGCGUCUACGAAAAAACAUUACACAGAUAAACGCAACAGAAUCAUGGCCAUAAUCUCGUAUCUGGAUCAAUGA